CUUCUUAGACAGUUAGACACUAUUUGUUGGUCAGGAGCUUCUCACAAUGUCUCUGGGAUGGCUACUUCUUCAGAAUACUAUCUGUUUAAUCAUCUUAGGAUUUGGAGAAUAUGGAAACCACAUAAGAGUGGCAGCCCAAUGUAAACAGCCGAAUCCUGAUGGAAGGUCCGGACUCUCCGUAGUGAAGAGCUCCUAUGCGGUGAAUGAGGUGGUGGGAGUGCUGUGCAUCCCGGGGUAUCGACCAUUUGUGAAAGAGAUCACUUGUAAAAGAAAUUGGAUUUUGAAGUUUCACUGGAGUAGCACUCCUCAAUGUAUAGACCAAUGUAAGAAACCAAAUCCUGCUGGGAGGUUCAGCUUGUCCAUAGAGAAGGAUUACUACGAUGUGGAUGAGGUGGUGAUCGUGCAGUGUAAUCAGGGGUAUCAAACUCGAGUGAAGAGGAUUACAUGUAGAUGGCCUGAGUCUGAAGAUCAGUGGGACCCUGCUCCACAGUGUGUAGCAGAACAGUGUAAGAAGCCGAACAAUAAUGGAAAUUACACGUUAUCUGGAUCUGGAAACUUCUAUGAUGUGGGGCAGUCUGCGACUGUGCGAUGCAGUACCGGAUACCAACCAUUAUAUGAGAGGAUUAAAUGUGUUGCCCCACGGAGCAGAUCCGAAUGGGAUAAUGAUCCGCUCUGCAUUGCACAAUGUAAGAAGCCAUAUCCUGAUGGAACCUACAGCCUGUCCGUAGAGAAGGAGUACUACAAUGUGGAAGAAGUGGUGACCGUGCAGUGUAAUGAAGGGUAUCGACCUCUAGUGAAGGAGAUUAGAUGUAGAAGACGCGGGUCUGCCGAUCAGUGGGAUCGGACACCUCGGUGUAUACCACAAUGUAAGAAACCAGAAAGUACUGGGAAUUACACUUUAUCCGGAUCUGGAAAGUUCUAUGAUGUGGGGGAGUCUGUGACCGUGCGAUGCAGGACGGGAUACCGACCAUUAUAUGAAAGGAUUAGAUGUGUGGCCCCAGGGAGAAGAUCCGAGUGGGAUACCGAGCCCCUGUGUAUUGCACAAUGUAAGAAGCCAAAUCCUGAUGGAAGGUACAGCCUGUCCGUAGAGAAGGAGUACUAUGAUGUGGGGGAGUCUGUGACCGUGCAAUGUAGUGAGGGGCAUCGACCACAAGUGACGAGGAUUACAUGUAGAAGCUGGGGGUCUGCAGUACACUGGGACUGGACACCACUGUGCAUAAUCCCCAAUCUUCCACAUAUAAUGAAAGGUCCCAGCAUGGAGGAUGGCCGCAUACGAUGGAUCCUCCUGAACAGAGAGGGGCUCGUCACUGGCUAUAAGCUGGACAUCGAGGCGCGGAGAGAUUCUGACCCGUCAGUCACUGGUCACCAGUCUCACUGGUUCCCCCCCAAUGUGACAGAAUGUGAAAUCCUUCUCCAGCCAGGAAUCAAUUACACAGUGACAAUUAGAGCAGUGACAUCAUCAGGAGGCGGGGCUAGUGAUGUAUAUGUGGUAGAGACGCCCCCUAUUGGUGGGAGGAGAAAUGUCACCGGUACUUCAAACUCCACAAGAUCCUCUAUCGUGAGCCUAGAUCUUGAGUCCAUGCUUUGGCUUGUAGUCCCAAUAUUCACGGUGAAGCUGCUGGUACUUGUAGUUCUCCUGAAGAUCCAAUUUACUCUGAUAGCUGGAAAAACCUCUGAGACAGAUCUGGACAGACAUGAAAAACCUAAAGAAUAUAGGAUCCUCUACAGGAAGAGAGAAGAGGAAUUUGUGUCCAUACAAAAUGGCCCAGGUGACAACGUGUGCUCAGACCCAAAGGAAGCUGCACAUUCCUGAUGUAAAGAAGGGGAGCCGGGCACCAGGAAAUAUGAACCGGCUCUGGAGCUGUAUCAGAAGAAAAUUCAUCACUGACUCAAGAAAGCACAUCUAAGAGAUCAGACCACCCAAAACGUUUACAAAAUGUCAAAGACUGAAAGGGAGUGUCUGGUUUCAGUAAGAAAACAGAUAAGAGGAGGUUUAGCUGUUCUUACCUGGCAGAUCCCGCACCGGGUCCAGUUCUCUGGAAGGACUCUGUUUACCUGACUGCAGAGGUGAUGUCAUGUGACCUUCGCAGCCAAUCACUGGCAUCAGUGAUGGAAGAGUCCAGUGAUUGGCGGCAGUGGUUACAUGUUGUUGAUCCGCUAGGUAAGUACAGCUGACUUCUUUAUCGCAGUCUACUUUCCAGUGUUGUCAGGCUUCUUACUGAAACUGGAAAUCUUCCUCAUCUGAGCACAAAAAAAAAAAC